GCCUUUUUCUUUGGAGUCCAUUCUUGUCAGACCCCCACGCGGUUUCAUCUCAAAUCCCAUUUGCUAUUGUACCUGUCCAAUAGCAGCGACCGAGCACGCUUUAACUCGGAUGGCAUUUUUAUUUCAUCACUACGGUCAGGAGCAAGACUGACGCAGUGAUCUCUGCGCUCUCACGCUGAUCAUUCUCGUGGGGGGGAAGCUGGGCACAGCUUUACGCGACUUUCUGAGUUUUCCCUCCAUCUCAUGCGAACUAUUUUAGCUCGGACUUUAACGCCAAAGAAUCCUUUAGAUCUGUUUAAUAUCUUUUUUCAGCUUUUGAUGGUGAUCCCUGUCGGACAGUAAACGGUGAUGGCAGACUCUGAUACUCAAGAGGCUCGCCAACCUGCAAAAGACUCGCCGUUCUCCAUAAAGAACCUGCUGAAUAUUGAAGACAAACCCACGAAGCCAAAAGGCAUCCUCGGCUCGCACAAGGGGGUUUUGGAAGGCAGUUUCUUUUCUCGGCUCGGUGAUUUGUCCGUUCCUCGAUUUGAGCUGCCAGCACAGAGAAUUGGACUAUCCGCGCAAUAUCUGGAAAGAGCAUCUACCUGGUGGUACCCCUACACGCUUGGAGCACAUUUUAGGACUGGAGGGUCUGAGAAGGUCAGCUUAAGAGAAGCAUCACAGGCACCGGACAGGCGCUCUCCGGAUCUCCAGAAAAGUGAUCAAGAUGCCAAAGAUGAAAGCGCCGACGACGACAUCGCCCUGGAUGAAAGUGACUCGGAGGAGCCAAAGAAAGAAACAGACCAGGAGGACGACUGGAGGAGAAAAAACGACGAGCUGGACUCCGAGAAGAAGCCCUGUCGGAAGAAGAAGACGCGCACCGUGUUUUCCAGAAGUCAGGUCUUUCAGCUGGAGUCCACUUUCGACAUUAAGCGCUACCUGAGCAGCUCAGAGAGGGCAGGCCUAGCCGCGUCCCUGCACUUAACCGAGACGCAGGUGAAAAUCUGGUUCCAGAACCGGAGGAAUAAGUGGAAAAGGCAGCUGGCCGCCGAGCUGGAGGCGGCCAACCUGAGCCAUGCGGCGGCACAGAGGAUUGUGCGGGUUCCCAUACUCUACCACGAGAAUGGAGCCCCAGAAACGAGCGGGGGCCCUGCUACAAACUCACCGGGCGGCCAGGCACUCCUGGCUUUCCCCCACCACAUGUACUAUUCUCACCCAGUCCCACUGCUGAGGCCCGUUUAACAUUUGUGUC